AUGCGUCCCCGAGGCCCCUGGGCCACCAGCCCAGCAGCUCUGCUGCUCCUCGCCGGCAUCCUCGCCUCCGAUGCGCUGCUCAGCACCCGGGGACGGAAGAAGGUGGUCCAUGUCAUGGAGGGUGACAGCGGGGCCGUGGUCGUGCAAACGGCCCCGGGGAAGGUGGUGACGCACCGGGGCGGCACCAUCAUCCUGCCCUGCCGGUACCACUACGAUGUGUCUGCCCACGACCCGGCCGAGAUCCGCCUCAAGUGGACCAAGGUGACGGAGCCGAUGGCCUUCGUGGACGUCUUCGUGGCGCUGGGGAAGGCGCGGCGGGCAUUCGGCAGCUACCGCGGCCGCACAGCUCUGCAGGAGGACGGCUUCGGUGACGCCUCACUCAUCAUCCGCAACGUCACCCUGCAAGACUACGGCCGCUACGAGUGUGAGGUCACCAACGAGCUCGAGGAUGACACUGGCAUGGUCAAGCUGGACCUCGAAGGCGUGAUCUUCCCCUACCACCCGCGCCUGGGUCGCUACACCCUGAACUUCCACGAGGCGCAGCAGGCGUGCCUGGAGCAGGACGGCAUCCUGGCCUCGCACGACCAGCUGCACCAGGCCUGGCUGGAGGGCAUGGACUGGUGCAAUGCCGGCUGGCUGGAGGACGGCUCAGUGCAGUACCCCAUCUCCCGGCCACGGGAGGAGUGCGGCCGCAAGGACACGCCGGUGGGGGUACGCAACUACGGCUAUCGGCACAAGGAGAGCGAGCACUACGACGCCUUCUGCUUCACCUCCAACCUCAACGGCAAAGUCUACUUCUUGAAGACGUACCGCAAGCUGAGCUACGCCGAGGCGGUGCAGGCUUGCAAGAACAACGGGGCGGCCGUGGCCAAGGUGGGCCAGCUCUACGCCGCCUGGAAGAUCCAGCUGCUGGACCGCUGCGAAGCCGGCUGGGUGGAGGACGGCAGCAUCCGCUACCCCAUCGUCAACCCCCGGGCCCGCUGCGGGGGCCGGGAGCCCGGCGUACGCAACCUGGGCUUCCCGGACAAGAAGUACAAGCUUUUUGGGGUUUAUUGCUUCAAAAAGGCUGGUGAGGCUGCCCCGGAGAAGGCACUGGGUGGGGGGCAGCCCAACCGUGUGUGA